AUGGCAAACGCCAGCAAGCCCACCCUUCCUGUCGAAGGCAAGCGCAACGUCUUGAUCACCAGCGCUCUUCCGUACUCCAACAACUUGCCUCAUCUGGGCAACGUCAUCGGCAGUGUUCUCUCAGCGGACUUGUACGCCCGUUAUUGCAGAGCCAGGGGAUACCAGACCCUCUACGUCUGCGGCACAGAUCAAUAUGGCACUGCCACCGAAACAAAGGCCCUAGAAGAAGGUACUGACCCUGCUACUCUAUGCGCCAAGUACCACGCUCUCCAUAAAUCCAUUUACGACUGGUUCCGCAUCGAUUUCGACAUCUUCGACAAGACGCCGACCCAACACCAGACCGACAUCGUACAAGACAUCUUUGCGAAGCUUUGGAAGAAUGGCUACAUCUACGAAGAUGAGACAAUUCAACCUUUCUGUGCCGUUGAGACUCACAACACCUUCCUUGCCGAUCGUUUCGUUGAGGGCGAGUGUUCCAUCUGUGGUGACAAAGGCGCCCGUGGUGACCAGUGUGAUGCCUGUGGCUCCAUUCUUGAUCCCCUCAAGCCUGAGGAAAAGACCGAUGGAGAAGCGAGCAACGAAGUCAAGGCCACUGGCUGGUUGGUGAACCCCCGCUGCAAGGUCGACGGCACAGCUCCCGAAGCCCGCAAGACGAAGCAUCUCUACUUAAAGCUCGAUGACAUCGCCGAGCAGCUGAAAGACUGGUACAAAUCCACCGCAGAUAACGGAUGGAGUGCCAACGCCAAGGCCAUUACCCAAUCCUGGAUUGAUAAGGGUCUCAAGCCUCGUGCCAUUUCCCGUGAUCUCAAAUGGGGCGUCCCAAUUCCCGAUGUUGAGGGCCUAAACGUCGAGGACUAUGCGCGCAAGGUCUUCUACGUCUGGUUCGAUGCUUGCAUUGGCUACAUCUCUAUCACCAAGACCUAUACCGAUGGCGAUAACCGUGACGGCACGAACUGGGAGAAGUGGUGGAAGAACCCUGAGAAUGUCCAACUCAUGCAGUUCCAGGGUAAGGAUAACGUUGGCUUCCAUAGCAUCGUUUUCCCUUCAUGCCUACUCGGCACCAAGGAGAACUGGACCAAGGUGAACAGAAUCUCUGCUACAGAAUACCUGAACUAUGAGAACGGCAAGUUCUCCAAGUCCCGUGGUAUCGGUGUCUUCGGCAACAACGCCAAGGAUACUGGCAUUGACCCCGAUAUCUGGCGAUUCUACCUGCUUUCUCGCCGCCCAGAAGUUGCCGAUUCCGAAUUUAAAUGGGAGGAAUUUAUCGAUGUCAACAACAACGAGUUACUCAAGAAUGUCGGCAACUUCAUCCAGCGUACCUUGAAGUUCUGCGUGGCCAAGAUGGAGAGCACUGUUCCUGCUGCUACCGUCAGCAAUGACCUUAUCGAUGCCCACAAGGCGGCAGCUAACCAACUGCUUGCCUCAUACAUUGGCCACCAGGAGGCUAACAAGAUGCGCGGCGGCAUUUCCGAUCUUCUAAAUUUCUCUACCCUCGGAAACAAGUUCCUUCAGGACAACGGCUUGAACAAUAAACUCCUAGCCGAGGAGCCCGAGCGCUGCAACACCGUGAUCAAUGUUGCCAUCAACCACGUGCACCUCUUGGCUGGCCUCCUCUAUCCUUACAUGCCCACCACGGCGGAGUCCAUCUUCAAGCAGCUUGGUCAGGAGGCGAAGCCAUUUAUUCCCGACACCUUCGCCUUUACCGCUGUUCCCGCCGGCCACAAGAUUGGUACCCCUGAGGCACUCUUUUCCAUCAUCCCCGCUGCCAAGCUCGAAGAGUGGCGGGAUGCCUACGGCGGUGAAGAGCUAAAGAAGCAGAAGGCUCUUGAAGCCGAGAAGGCCGCGGCGAAGAAGGCGAAGAAGCUGGCUGAUAAGGAGAAGAAGAAGGCGAAGAAGGCGGAGGCUGCUGAAGCGAAGCCUGAUGGUGCCGUAGAUGUUUCGAAGCUAUCUUUGGAGGAGAAGAAUUAG